AUGCCAGCCCCGUACGACACAGACACCACCGCCAACGAGCUGGUCAACGAUUACAACCAUCUCAUUAAGGACAAGGUCGUCCUGACGACCGGCGUCUCUUCCGGUUCCCUGGGCGGCUUCUUCGUCCGAUCCAUCGCCAAAGCCAAACCCGCCUGGCUCAUCCUGGGCGCCCGCAACGCCGAAAAACUCCAACAAACCGCCAGCGACAUCGUGACCGCAUACCCGGAUGUCAAGGUCCGCAAGCUGAAAGUCGAUCUGGGUUCGCUGAGAGUGUGCGUGAUGCAGCUGCCCAGGUGA